AUGCCUGAUUUGACACUGGGACGCUACCUGUUUGAGAGACUGUACCAAGUGGACGUCAAGACGAUAUUUGGUCUGCCCGGUGAUUUCAACUUAUCAUUGCUGGACAAAAUCUAUGAGGUUCCCGGAAUGAGAUGGGCCGGUAACGCCAACGAAUUGAACGCCGCCUAUGCCGCUGACGGGUACGCGAGAGUCAAGGGGAUGGCGUGUAUUAUAACGACGUUUGGUGUCGGUGAGUUGUCCGCUUUGAACGGUAUUGCCGGUUCGUAUGCGGAGCACGUUGGGGUCCUGCAUGUGGUCGGUGUCCCCUCAAUCUCGUCGCAGGCGAAGCAAUUGUUGCUGCAUCACACGCUCGGGAACGGAGACUUCACCGUGUUCCACAGAAUGUCUGCCAACAUUUCAGAGACCACAGCGAUGGUCACCGAUAUUGGGACUGCACCAGCAGAGAUUGACCGCUGCAUUAGGACCACUUACGUGACGCAGAGGCCCGUUUAUCUCGGAUUGCCCGCUAACUUGGUCGACUUGCCUGUGCCCACACAUCUUUUGGAGACACCCAUCGACUUGACUUUGAAGCCAAACGACCAAGAGGCUGAGAACGAGGUCAUCGAAACGGUGCUUGAACUGAUCGAGGAGGCGUCGAAUCCCGUCAUUCUGGCCGAUGCGUGUGCUGGGAGACAUGACGUGAAGGUGGAGACGAACAAACUGAUCGACAUGACGCAGUUCCCCGCCUUCGUCACGCCAAUGGGGAAGGGAACGAUUGACGAAAGAAACCCUCGGUUUGGUGGGGUUUAUGUGGGAACCCUAUCGAAUGAAAAUGUCAGGAACGCUGUUGAGUCUGCCGAUUUGAUUCUGUCCGUCGGCGCACUACUCUCUGACUUCAACACGGGUUCGUUUUCGUACUCUUACAAAACAAAAAACAUCGUGGAGUUCCACUCAGAUUACAUCAAGAUCAGAAAUGCCACUUUCCCAGGGGUACAAAUGAAAUUUGUCCUAAACAAGCUGUUGGCUGUUGUGGGUAGCGCGGUGAAGGGCUAUACACCAGUGCCCCUACCCCCAAGGCUCACACCAAACGAACCAUGCCCUCCAGACACAAUUUUGCGCCAAGAGUGGAUGUGGAACGAGGUGUCCAAGUUUUUCAGGGACGGCGACAUAAUCCUAACUGAAACGGGGACUGCCGCCUUUGGUAUAAACCAAUCGCUAUUCCCCAAUAACACAAUCGGGAUCUCGCAGGUGCUAUGGGGAUCCAUUGGGUUCACUGGUGGUGCAGUUCUGGGUGCAUCGUUUGCAGCUGAAGAGAUAGACCCAAGCAAAAGGGUCAUCCUGUUCAUCGGUGACGGGUCACUACAAUUGACCGUCCAGGAAAUUUCAACGCUGAUUAGGUGGGACUUGAAACCGUACCUUUUCGUCUUAAAUAACAACGGUUAUACCAUCGAGAGACUAAUUCAUGGACCCAACGCCGGGUAUAACGCUAUUCAACCUUGGAGGCAUACAAAACUGUUGGAAGCUUUCGGCGCAAACGAUUAUGAAAAUGUCAAGAUAACCACAACGGGUGAAUGGCAAACUCUGACGCAGGAUAAACAGUUCAAUGAGCCAAGUAAGAUCAGAAUGAUAGAAGUCAUGCUGCCCGUGAUGGACGCCCCUUCAAAUUUAAUUGCACAGGCCAAGUUGACCGCUUGUAUCAACUCCAAAAAAUGA